ACCGACCCGGUCAACAACCAGCCCCUCUCCGAAGAGCAGCUCAUCGACAUCAAAGUCGCCCACCCAAUCCGGCCCAAGCCUCCGUCUGCCACGAGCAUCCCAGCUAUCCUGAAAGCCCUCCAGGAUGAGUGGGUGAGUGCUGGGUCAUGGCAGGGAACAGAGCUGAGCGUCGACAGCUGCCUGUGCUGGAGCNNNNCCCUCCGCCAGCAGCUCCAGACUACGCGCCAGGAACUGUCCCACGCGCUCUACCAGCAUGAUGCUGCCUGCCGUGUCAUUGCUCGACUCACCAAGGAGGUCACUGCCGCCAGAGAAGCUUUGGCGACCCCGAAGCCACAGGCUGGCCUCAUCAUGCCCCAGGCAGUGCCGUCCUCCCAGCCAAACGUGGCGGGAGCUGGGGAGUCCAUGGAUCUGGGAGAGCUUGCAGGCAUGACCCCCGAGAUCAUCCAGAAGCUUCAAGACAAGGCUACGGUGCUGACCACGGAGCGCAAGAAGAGAGGCAAGACGGUUCCAGAGGAGCUGGUGAAGCCGGAGGAGCUCAGCAAGUACCGGCAGGUUGCCUCGCAUGUGGGGCUGCACAGCGCUAGCAUCCCAGGGAUCCUUGCCUUGGACCUUUGUCCUUCUGAUACCAACAAGAUCCUCACCGGCGGGGCUGAUAAAAACGUCAUCGUCUUUGACAAGAGCUCGGAGCAGAUCCUGGCGACACUCAAGGGGCACUCCAAGAAGGUUACCAGUGUUGUCUUCCACCCAUCUCAGGACUUGGUGUUCUCGGCUUCUCCUGAUGCUACUAUCCGUAUCUGGUCUGUGCCCAACGCCUCGUGCGUGCAAGUCGUCCGUGCCCAUGAGGCCUCUGUGACGGGGCUGAGCCUCCACGCGACAGGCGACUACCUCCUCAGCUCUUCUGAUGACCAGUACUGGGCUUUCUCAGAUAUCCAGACAGGCCGUGUCCUCACCAAGGUGACAGAUGAGAGCUCUGGCUGUGCUCUCACCUGUGCCCAGUUCCACCCGGAUGGGCUCAUUUUUGGAACAGGGACGAUGGACUCUCAGAUCAAGAUCUGGGAUCUGAAGGAACGCACCAACGUGGCCAACUUCCCGGGCCACUCGGGCCCCAUCACCAGCAUCGCCUUCUCUGAGAAUGGCUACUCCCUGGCCACAGCAGCGGACGACUCCUCCGUCAAGCUCUGGGACUUACGUAAGCUCAAGAACUUCAAGACGUUGCAGCUGGACAAUAACUUUGAGGUCAAGUCUCUCAUCUUUGACCAGAGCGGCACCUACCUGGCCCUGGGCGGGACGGAUGUCCAGAUCUACAUCUGCAAGCAAUGGACGGAAAUCCUCCACUUCACAGAGCACAGCGGCCUCACCACAGGGGUGGCUUUUG